UGGUGUAUGAACUUAUUUCAGAAUAAAAUAUUAUAAUGAAUAUGGGUAACUGAGAGAGUAGCAGAAUAUUAUCUCUGGUUAUGGCAGAAUUGCCAUUGAAAGAGUUUAUAAGUGUAUUCUGGAGAACAUGGAUAGUUUUACUAGCACCCCUCCUUCUCUCUCCUCUCCUAUUCCUGGCUAUAGAACCCCAGACUAUAGAGGCUCUGAAGUGUGCCUACACUAUUCUGUUAAUGGCAGUUUAUUGGAUGACAGAGGCACUUCCACUUCCCAUCACAUCUAUGCUACCUAUGGUAGCUCUACCCCUGCUAGGGUUGAUGUCUACUGGAGAGGUAGCAAUCAACUACCUGAACUCGACGAACUACAUGUUCCUGGGAGGCCUUAUCAUGGCUAUAGCUGUAGAGCACAGCGGACUACACAAUAGGGUUGCUCUACGAAUAAUAAAAUUGGUUGGGACGAGCCAAGCUAGGUUGAUGCUAGGGUUUAUGUUUACCACCAUGUUCCUCUCAAUGUGGAUCUCGAACACUGCAACCACCGCCAUGAUGCUUCCUAUAGUUGACGCAGUGGCUGAGGCGAUUAAUCAGAAAGAAGAUCUACCCCUGGCCCCCCUUGCUACAUCAGACAGGGUUUCAGAUCUAUCACAUGGAUCAGAGGGUGAUGAUUUGUUUGAUGAAGAUGAAACUGAAUUCCAGUAUAAUCAACAAAGAACGGUUACUUCUUUAAAUCAGAUGAUCAUGACCUCGAUCAAUACCUCGAAUCAUAGAUCGAUCAGAGUUUCAAUUCUUUUGAAUUCUAAAAAUUUUAAUCUAAUAUUUAUUUUGUUAUCUAGGAAAAACACAAUGGAAAGAAUGACAAGGUUUUCAAUGCACCCUGUUAUAGAGGAAAAGCCGGCACCAGUACUUGAACCACAGUCUAAUGUAGUAGAGGACACGUUGCCAAUAUAUACUGAGACAAAGGGUUCUGAGGGUUCUGUUGUGUCGAAUCAGAAGGAAGAGUUGGAGAGAAACUUCCUGCUCAUGAGUAUCGCGUAUGCUGCUAAUAUUGGAGGAACUGGUGUUAUAACUGGGUCUCCUCCGAACCUUGUAGUUCCAGAUAUUCUCAACAAAUCAUUCGGACCAAACACAGGACUUACCUUUGCUUCAUGGAUGGCUUUUGCAAUUCCUGUAAUGUUGGUUAAUCUCAUCCUAGCCUGGAUAUGGUUACAGAAACUACAGAAGAUGUACCCUGGAGGUCAUGGAUUAGAGAGAUCUCAGGACCAGGAGAAGCGGGCAAUGCAAGUCAUAAAUGAUCGAUACAAAAGUUUAGGAGAUAUGAGUCUGCAUGAGGUUCAGGUGUUUAUUCUGUUCGUCCUCCUCAUCCUUCUCUGGUUCUUCAAGACCCCCCUCUUCAUGCCAGGCUGGGGGGACCUAUUCGUGAAAAUAAUUUCAACAUUAGGUGGAGGUUUUGCUCUUGCUUCCGCCUCCCAGAAGUCUGGUCUCUCCGCCCUUCUGGUUGAACAGCUCGAGGAGCUUAAUCUGCAAAGUUUGCCAACUUGGCUGUUAAAUGUUGUAAUCUGCCUGUUCACGGUGUCUCUAACGAACAUUGCCUCAAACACCGCUACGGCGAACGUGUUGGUUCCGAUUCUAGCAGAGAUGGCGCUCACAAUGUGCAUAAACCCCAUUUAUUUAACUCUUCCCGCGGUAAGUUGCAAGGUUAAUGCAAUAGUGUUCGGACACAGUACAAUGAAAACUACAGAUAUGAUGAAGGCUGGACUACUUAUGAAUGUCGUCUGCGUAUUCACUAUCUGCAUCGCUAUUAACUCCUACGGUGUUCCACUGUUUAACCUAAGCACUUUCCCAGAUUGGGCCAGCAUUAAACUCUCCAAUUCGUCUUACUGUGACGCAGCAUAAAUCAGUUCAAAGCACAACCUAGUCGGAGAAACCAGACGCAUCAACCAAUUCUGGAGUUCCAGGUUCAUACCCGUCCUGACAAGGUCUAAGUUAAUCCCAGAGUAAUCAGAUCUAUUCCCAGCUGCCAGAGUAGUCAGAACUAAGA